ACAGAAUAAUGGAAAGUGACAGCCCUCCAUUCCGUUUGGCCAACCCGUUGACCAUACGUGGCAUCUGGGAUUCUGCCCCACAUUCAUGGAAGUUCUGCUAAUAGUCAUUGGGCGCAGUGUUUCCUCUUAACAGGGAUCACCUUUGCUUUGGGAUUAUGGGGGUUGUAGUCAUCAACAUCUGCGAAUCCCUGUUAGAGGGAGCACUGAUUCAGAUGACCCGCCAAAAAUUGGGAAGGCAGGAACCAGAGGUCCCUGGUGAGCAUGUUGUCCAGACCCACCAACCAGGCAUACCCCAACUUCACCCCUUCUUGAUCUGCCCAACUUCACCCUUGGGUUAAACAUCUUAGGCUGAAGCUUGGAAGUCCAGCCACCAACCCGAGGUCAGUAGGUUCAGACCUGCCAAGGGUGCACCUUCUCCGGGAACUUUUGGUUCCCAGCUUUCUGAUUUCUGGCAGGUCAUUUGAACCUGCCAUUGAUUGACAUAAGAUGGUCAGCCUGGCUGACGUCCCGUCCAAGUCCCGCAUCGGAACUUCAAGAGGUUCCAGUCGGAAGUUGGUUAGAUUCUGUUCAAAGAAGAAUUUAUUUUUUUUUUAAAACCCUUUCUGCACCGGUUUAUAUAAGACCACAACUUACCUAUCAGGUUACAUAUUCAAAUUACAAACAUGACCCUGCAUGAAAUAAGCAAUCAUUGUGGAGAUUGGCUGUGCAGUAAACAAACAGAUGAAACAUGCUGUCUUGAAUGAGAAACUCAGAUAAUGCAACUUGCCUAUCCCAGUACUGGUCAAGGUGUCAUUUCACACGGAGAACUUAGUACAUUUGUAGAUUUGUUUUCUUAUAUUGUCUCCUCUUCCUCCAAGGAGCUGAAACAAGUGCCAGACACAUGAAACAAGCUAGCCCUGGGUCCUGCCCCACCCUUGGGUUGGGGUCCAGACCACUUAAAGAGUAAGGUUAAAGGUGUGCCAUUGAGUUGGUGCGGACUCCUAACACCCACGGAGCCCUGUGGUUGUCUUUGGUAGAAUACAGGAGGGGUUGACCAUUGCCUCCUCCUUCCUAUAUUGCUGCUGCCUGAUAUAGGUGUUUCCCAUAGUCUGGGAAACAGACCAGUAGAGAUUCGAACCGGCAACCUCUGGUUUGCUAGUCAAGUCAUUUCCCCGCUGCCAGGUGAGCAUGUUGUCCAGCCCCAUUUCCCCCAGGUAAUUAUGAACAGGAAUAGAAACACUGCUGUGUGUUGUCACUUUAUCUUCUGCCCAUCAUGGUAUAGGUUGUGUUGGAAUAGGGCGAAAUCCUAGUUACAGUAGGAUGUGCAGAGGGCACAUAGACUCUUUACAGCAGCCCAGGGAGGUAGGCCAGUAUAAUCCCCAUGUUGCAGAUGAGUGGGGCCGAGGCCCAAACAGAGUGUCUUCCCUAAAGUGAGCUCCUGGCAGAAUUGAGAUUAUGGAGCAUCUGGAUUUCCUUCUCCGUUAUGCACCAGAGCGCUUCAUCUUAGGGAAAGCUGCAUCUGGUCAAUUUCUCCCUGAUAAUGAUGCAACAGCUCGUGCUGGAGAAGAAGGUAGCCACUUUUUCCUGGUUUGGAAAUAGACUGAUAUACAAAUAUAGACAGUGAAAAGCAACUCCUCAAUGCCUGCCUGCCUGCCUGAUAAGGUUUGUGGAAGUCCCAUGGUGGUGAGAUGGCUAGAAUUAGAAAGCUUGCUCGCUUGCUAAUUCUAUCCAUCCUUCCAGUGUUUGCUUUUGGCUCUUGCACCUAGUGGGAUGGACCUAAUUAAAAAGGAGUCACAAAUCAUUCAUUCAUUUAUUUUAUUAUUAUUAUUUAUUAACAAUAAUUACGUUUCUAUCCUGCUCUUCCUCCAAGGAGUACAUGGUUAUUUUUACCCUGUGAGGUUGAGGCUGAGAGAUGCAGGACUGGCCCGGGGUCACCCAGUGAGUUUCAUGGAUGGAGGAGGAUUCAAACUCAGGUCUCCCCGGCCCUCGUCCAGCACUCUAACCACUAUGCGAUGCUGCAAAUCAUGGCCAUGGGGCAGCAUCUCUUCUUCCUUUAGCCAAGUCAAUAGCAAUUGAAUUACUAAAGGGUACAUUGACUGGUACAUGGGAUAUUAUGUCCAUCAGGUCAGUCGUGAAGAAUUGUGGGGGACCCCCAGCAGCAAUUCGGCUACAACUCCCACAAUCCCCAGCCGAUUGUCGAGAAGGUCUGCUCUAGGCUCUUCUUGCCUCUAUAGCGCACGCCUAAGAACAACGACGCCUUUUUCAAGAGCCCAGGGAGGAAGUGGGCGUGCUUUGCUUCCGGUUCCCUGCUCAUCCCGCCUCCAGGUGGCCAUUGCUAAAGGGUUUUUCAGCCUGUCCUUGUUCUCUGACAGUGAUUAUUAGCCAGGCAGUAGUUUAAAAAAAACAACUAAAUAGACCUUGUUGUGCUGGCAACUUGACCCAAAAUGUAAAUAAUAAAAAUGAAACCGAGCAUAGCAAAAGCCAUAGGGGCUACUAGUUGCCAUGGUAACGACGGCGGCGCGGAAGGGGCGCUGUCCUACGAGGGACCUGUCGCGCAUUACGUCACGUCCGGUUUUGUACCUCCGCCGUGGCGUCGUGGAGAGAGAUUUGACAAGAAUGCUGCCCAAGAUGCUAGGCUUCCUGAAGUAUCCUGUUAUCCUUUCUGUGGAGAUAAACUUGAACCUGGUGGUUUUGGCUGUGAUGGGGUUAAUCAGCCGGCUGUGGGCAUUGUCCUACCCAAGAGCUGUUGUUUUUGAUGAAGUUUACUAUGGCCAGUUCCUCUCUCUCUACGUGAAGCGCAUCUUCUUCGUGGAUGACAGCGGGCCCCCCUUUGGUCACAUGCUUCUGGCUUUCGGAGGCUACCUCGGCGGAUUUGAUGGUAACUUCUUGUGGAACAGGAUUGGUGCUGAAUAUAGCCCCAACGUGCCGAUUUGGACCCUGCGGCUGCUACCUGCCGUGGCUGGGGCCCUGUGUGUUCCUCUCGCGUACCAGAUAUUGGUGGAGCUGCAUUUCUCCCAUUUUGUUGCCCUUGGAGCUGCCCUGCUGAUUCUGUUGGAGAACUCCCUCAUCACCCAGUCUAGAUUGAUGCUGCUGGAGUCAGUCUUAAUCUUUUUCAUUCUGUUGGCCGUUUUGUCCUACUUCAAAUUCUACAACCUGCAGAGACAAAGUCCCUUUUCUGUGCGUAGGUGGUUCUGGCUUUUGCUGGCUGGAUUCUCCUGCUCCUGUGCAGUUGGGGUGAAGUAUAUGGGCCUCUUCACACACAUUCUGCUUUUGGCCAUUGCGGGAGUCCACUCCUGGCAACUGAUUGGCGAUCAGACCCUGCCACAUGUUUCUCUGCUGUGUCACUUGCUAGCCAGAGGACUCGCUCUCGUGGUCACUCCAGUAGCCACAUAUUUGUUGUUCUUCUACAUCCACUUGGCUUUACUGUACCGUGCCGGACCCCAUGACCAGAUCAUGAGCAGCGCUUUCCAAGCAAGCUUGGAGGGCGGCCUUGCACGGAUCACUCAGGGUCAGCCGCUGGAGGUGGCAUAUGGCUCCCAGGUCACCUUGCGGAACGUCUUGGGCAAGCCAAUGCCCUGCUGGCUGCAUUCGCACAAGAACACGUAUCCCAUCAGGUACGAAAACGGCCGUGGCAGCUCCCAUCAGCAGCAGGUGACUGGCUACCCUUUCAAAGACGUAAAUAACUGGUGGAUUGUGAAGGAUCCUGGGAUGCAGCAGCUGGUGGUAAACAACCCGCCUCGCCCCGUCAAGCAUGGCGAUAUCGUGCAGCUGGUCCACGGGAUCACCACGCGCUACCUGAACACGCAUGAUGUUGCAGCGCCUCUGAGUCCCCACUCCCAGGAGGUUUCCUGUUACAUCGAUUACAACAUAUCCAUGCCAGCUCAAAACCUCUGGAGAGUGGACAUUGUCAAUCGGGAGUCUGAUGCAGAUGUUUGGAAGACUAUCUUGUCUGAAGUAAGGUUUGUCCACGUGAACACCUCAGCAGUACUGAAGCUCAGUGGGGCGUCUUUACCGGAUUGGGGCUAUCACCAGCUGGAGAUAAUCGGAGAAAAGGCUUCCAAAGGCUACCACCAGAGCAUGUUGUGGAACGUGGAGGAGCACAGAUAUGGGAAAAGCCAAGAGCAGAAGGAGAGGGAGGUGGAGCUGCAUUCGCCCACGCAGGUCAGCAUCAGCCAGAACCUCAGCUUCAUGGCCAAGUUCACCGAACUGCAGUGGAAGAUAUUCACGCUGAAGAACGAGGAUACAGAACACAAGUACAGCUCCUCUCCUUUGGACUGGAUCACCAUGGAUACCAACAUAGCCUACUGGUUCCACUCCACCUCCGGGGCCCAGAUCCACCUUCUGGGAAACAUGGUCACCUGGAUGUCUGCCAACGGGGCAACACUUGUCUAUGUGGUCCUCUUCCUGUGGUACCUGCUUCGGCGGCAGCGGAAUAUCCAUGACAUCCCUGAAGAUGCAUGGAAGCAGUGGGUGCUAGCUGGUGGCCUCUGUGUCGGUGGCUGGGCUGUGAAUUACCUCCCUUUCUUUCUGAUGGAGAAGACGCUCUUCCUCUACCACUACCUGCCUGCAGUCACCUUCCAGAUACUCCUGAUCCCUGUGGUCCUGCAGCACACCAGUGACCACCUCUGCAGAUCAAAGCUCUCCAAGAGCAUGCAUAAUGCUUUUGUGGUUGCCUGGUUCUCUUCCGUCUACCUUGCCUACCACACGUUCCGGCCACUAACCUACGGUGAGCCUCCACUCUCCAAAGCAGAGCUUCAGAAUCUGCGCUGGAAGGCCAGCUGGGACCUCCUGAUCAGGAAACGCUAGCUUGUGAAGCAGUCGGGUGGUGAUGGAUAGAUGGAUGAGAGCACCGACCAAGGGAGAACUGACCGCGUUGGCAGUGGCAAGCGAAUCUCUGAUCGCCUGAGCGGGAGGGAGCGAGCAAUGGAUCCAAAUAACCACUUCCCCCCAGAGAACCAUGUCUUUGGCAGCUAAUGAAGGACAAUGACCUCUCUUCUCCAUGCAUAAAGACUACUGAGUAAACCAAUCCAACCCAAGCGAAGGGCCUGUAAGACUCGAAAUGGCUGGAACUCUGAUGGCCGAGAGGUCUGUCAUUCUGACCCUCUUGCCACUCCUUUGUGCAGCAAAUGUUUUGCUCCUGAAGUAGAGAAAAACAGUCGGCCUUGGAAAGGUUACCGCGCCCAUAACUUUGGGAUCCUCACAGCUCUUCCACGAGAGGCAAGGGGGAAACCGUUCUGCGUUUACUUGUGACUGUGUGAACGCCACUUUGGGAUGUUGGAACACUGUCUCUGGAGACACCCUCUAAGGGUGACAUAAAGGUUACAGCAGAGAUAUAAUUAAGCAGAAGGCACCACCUUCAAAUGGUGCCUCCCAUCGGGGGACAGAGAGUGUGCCCUGUCCUUCCCAGUUUAGUAUCCCUCCCAGUGGCUAUCACUGGUGUGACUCUUGUAUUCCUUUUUAUAACACAAGCUCCUGAUGUAAACCACUCUCAGAACUUGUUUUGUUGAAAAAUCAGAUGUGUUUAAUCAUGUCAUUGUGACAGUAUAAAUAAAUACUGGUAGUGUUUAUAGGAUUUUUUGGAUAGUUUUUUUUCUUUUUAAGCCAGCAAAUUUUCCAAGCUGUUUUAAAUUAAGUAUUCAAUGGGGCAAUGGGUCGAAGUUACAAUGGGGCAAUGGGUCGAAGUUACAAUGGGGCAAUGGGUCGAAGUUACAAUGGGGCAAUGGGUCAAAGUUACAAUGGGGCAAUGGGUCAAAGUUACAAUGGGGCAAUGGGUCAAAGUUACAAUGGGGCAAUGGGUCAAAGUUACAAUGGGGCAAUGGGUCAAAGUUACAAUGGGGCAAUGGGUCAAAGUUACAAUGGGGCAAUGGGGCAAUGGGUCAAAGUUACAAUGGGGCAAUGGGGCAAUGGGUCAAAGUUACAAUGGGGCAAUGGGGCAAUGGGUCAAAGUUACAAUGGGGCAAUGGGGCAAUGGGUCAAAGUUACAAUGGGGCAAUGGGUCAAAGGGGCAAUGGGUCAAAGGGGCAAUGGGUCAAAGGGGCAAUGGGUCAAAGGUUUAAAAGUUUGAAGGGUCAAUAGUUUGAAAGUGAACUUUCCUAAAGGGCUCACAGCCAGUGGCUAUCACUGGUGUGUCUCUUGUAUUCCUUUUUAUAACAUGAGCUCCUGAUGUAAACCACUCUCAGAACUUUUUUUUGUUGAAAAAUUAGAUGUGUUUAAUCAUGUCAUUGUGACAGUAUAAAUACUGGUAGUGUUACUUUCAGAGAGAUGCACAUCAAUGAAAACUGACUCAUCUUUGUGGCACUUUGUUAUUUGGUUGUGUUUAUUAAUAAAGACAAGCAAACUGA